AUGAAGACCAAGCCACUAAGUCAAGAUCCAGGCUCCAAACGUUAUGCCUAUCGUAUAAAUAAGGAAGAAAAUCGUAAAGAAUUGAAACAUGUCAAGAUAGAUGAAAGUUCUUUAGUCCAGAAGGGUCAAAAGAUCGAUUUGCCUAAGAAGAGAUACUACCGUCAAAGAGCGCAUUCCAACCCAUUUUCGGAUCAUCAAUUAGAGUACCCGGUAUCACCACAGGAGAUGGAUUGGUCCAAAUUAUAUCCUUACUAUAAAGAUGCAGAAACCGGCCAGAUGACAAAGAAGGUAACUAUUGCCGAUAUCGGCUGUGGGUUUGGUGGGCUUAUGAUAGAUUUGUCACCUGCCUUCCCAGAAACCCUGAUCUUAGGUAUGGAAAUCCGUGUACAAGUCACCAACUAUGUGGAGGAUAGAAUCAUUGCCUUGAGAAACAACACUCUCUCUAGACAUGGUUUCCAGAAUAUCAACGUUUUAAGAGGUAACGCCAUGAAAUUCUUGCCCAAUUUUUUUGAAAAGGGCCAGCUAUCCAAGAUGUUUUUCUGUUUUCCAGAUCCCCAUUUCAAACAGAGAAAGCACAAGGCAAGAAUCAUCACUAACACCUUGCUAAGUGAAUACGCAUACGUCUUGAAAGAGGGCGGUGUCGUUUACACUAUUACUGACGUCAAGGACUUACAUGAAUGGAUGGUAAAGCACCUGGAAGAGCACCCUUUGUUUGAACGAUUGAGCACAGAAUGGGAAAACAGUGACAAAUGUGUGAAAAUAAUGAGAAAUGCCACAGAAGAAGGCAAAAAAGUCGAAAGGAAAAAAGGUGACAAGUUCGUCGCCUGCUUUAGAAGAUUACCAAAUCCAACCAUACUGUAA